CUGUCGUCGCCCCUCCACGCCGAGUCCGAACGCGUGUGUUGGAAGGCAGGAGAAUCUGAGGGCCCGGAGGGUGGAGACUGUGCAGGAGGGAGAAAGCCCCUUUGGCCUGUCCUACGGAAGCCUACGAGGGAGGGUGGUGUCCACUGCCCUGUUUCGCGUCCUGAUGCCCAGCGUCAACGCCAGCCGCAGGAGUCAGGAGAAGCCGCGGGAGGUCAUGGAGGCGGCGGAAGAUUAUGCUAAAGAGAGAUAUGGAGUAUCUUCAAUGAUACAAUCACAAGAAAAACCAGAUCGAGUGUUGGUUCGGGUUAAAGACUUGACAGCACAAAGAGCUGAUGAAGUUCUUUGGGUACGUGCAAGAGUUCAUACAAGCAGAGCUAAAGGGAAACAGUGCUUCUUAGUUCUGCGUCAGCAGCAGUUUAAUGUCCAGGCUCUUGUGGCGGUGGGAGACCAUGCAAGCAAGCAGAUGGUUAAAUUUGCUGCCAACAUCAACAAAGAAAGCAUUGUGGAUGUAGAAGGCGUUGUGAGGACAGUUAAUCAGAAAAUUGAAAGCUGUACACAGCAAGAUGUUGAGUUACAUGUUCAGAAGAUUUAUGUGAUCAGUUCGGCUGCACCACGCCUGCCCCUGCAGCUGGAUGAUGCCAUUCGGCCUGAGGCAGAAGGAGAAGAGGAAGGAAGAGCUACUGUUAACCAGGAUACAAGAUUAGACAACAGAGUCAUUGAUCUCAGGACAUCAACUAGUCAGGCAGUUUUCCGUCUCCAGUCUGGCAUCUGCCAUCUCUUCCGAGAAACUUUAAUUAACAAAGGUUUUGUGGAAAUCCAAACUCCUAAAAUUAUUUCAGCUGCCAGUGAAGGAGGAGCCAAUGUCUUUACUGUGUCAUAUUUUAAAAAUAAUGCAUACCUGGCUCAGUCCCCACAGCUGUAUAAGCAGAUGUGUAUUUGUGCUGAUUUUGAGAAGGUUUUCUGUAUUGGACCAGUAUUCAGAGCUGAAGACUCUAAUACCCACAGACAUCUAACUGAAUUUGUUGGUUUGGAUAUUGAAAUGGCUUUUAAUUACCAUUACCAUGAAGUUAUAGAAGAAAUUGCUGAUACCUUGGUACACAUAUUCAAAGGACUUCAAGAAAGGUUUCAGACUGAAAUUCAAAUGGUGAAUAAACAGUUUCCAUGUGAGCCAUUCAAAUUUUUGGAGCCAACUUUAAGACUAGAGUAUUGUGAAGCAUUGGCUAUGCUUAGAGAAGCCGGAGUUGAAAUGGGAGAUGAAGAAGACCUGAGUACACCAAAUGAAAAGCUGUUGGGUCGUUUGGUAAAGGAAAAGUAUGAUACAGAUUUUUAUAUUCUUGAUAAAUAUCCAUUGGCUGUAAGACCUUUCUAUACCAUGCCUGACCCAAGAAAUCCUAAACAGUCCAACUCUUAUGAUAUGUUCAUGAGAGGAGAAGAAAUAUUGUCAGGAGCUCAAAGAAUACAUGAUCCUCAGCUGCUGACAGAGAGAGCUUUACAUCAUGGAAUUGAUUUGGAGAAAAUUAAGGCUUAUAUUGAUUCCUUCCGCUUUGGAGCCCCUCCUCAUGCUGGUGGAGGCAUUGGGCUGGAACGAGUGACCAUGCUAUUUCUGGGAUUACAUAACGUUCGUCAGACCUCCAUGUUUCCUCGUGAUCCCAAACGACUCACUCCUUAAAGAAAGUCACAUUUUUUAUUCUUUCCAGUAACUUGCUUUUGAUCUGGCUAUACCUUAGGUACUUAAAUUUGCACUGGAAUAAAUGUCUUAUCUAAAGUGCUACUCUUAUUUUUGGAGUAAUUCAGUAUAGAUUAGUUUAACAGAAGUUUUUUUUUAUGACUUUGGACAUGCUUCAGUAGGGAAUGCUUGAACAUUAUAGUGAGAAAUUCAUAUGGUUAUGUCAAAAGUUCACAUUUCAUUAAUACAACAAAUAUUAACAAAAGUUUUAAAGUUGUAUA